GCAGAUUCACGGAGGAUGUCUGCAGAAUGGAUGUGCUGAAUCUGCUGAGACGGCCGCUGCCUCCUAUAAAGACAGCACACUACACGACACUGUCCCCUACAAAGACAGCACACUACAGGACGCUGCCUUCGCCCAGAUCUGCAGGUCGUGUUGGAGUGAAUCAUCCACAGACUCUUCGUGAGGAUGAUGAUGGUGUUGCUCCGAUCAUCAGUGGUUUCUCCCAGCAUCCUCAGCGUGCCGCACCUGUGCCUCGACCUCCUCGACCUCCUCGACCUCCUGACCUCUUCUGCCUCAGUGACUUCCUGCAGGUGAGCGGGUCGGGCCGCGGGUCAGCGGACGGGUGGAGGAGGACGGUUCUGUCCCGCUGUAACUACAGGAAGCUGCUGCGUCUCUUCCUGUUGGAGCUGCACUGUGGAUGGCAGGAUGUAGUAGCCAAUCAGACGCUGAGCUGCGAGGGUUUGUCUCCGCCCACACGCAGGAUCCCUCGCAGACAGAUCAUAUGCGAGUUAGCAGCCAUGGUUCAGAUGGAAGCACGAGCACAAAACUCUUUCAGGAGUAAAUCUGGAGUAUGUCGAUCAUCUGAAGAUCAAUCAGUGAAUCAGCAAUGGACGAGACUGGAGAGACGGACUGAACACACACAACAUGAGGCCUACACAGCUCAUGAAGUUCUUCUGAAUGCUGUGACGAGCAAACACUUCCAGAAUUCCCGUCGCUCUCGAUCCCCGUUCCGUUGCGCGGGAGAGCAUGACAUCAUCAGUGCGUCUGAACUCGCCGUCCUCGACUGCGUCACGCGAGGAGGAACCAGACUCAGCUUCAAGGCUCAUUUCAUCUGUGAUCUUCCUGACGUGUCGUCACUGUCUGAACGUCUCCAGUAUCUGAACCUGUCCUUCAAUGACCUCACACAAGUUCCUCAGGAGGUGUGUGAUCUUCAUCAGCUGCAAGUGUUGAAGAUGAGGAAUAACCCCAUCGAGGAGCUUCCUGCUCAAAUCAGCAAACUCCACAAGCUCCAGACGCUAGUCGUCUCCUUCUGCAAGAUCACACAGCUCCCCGAGCAGCUGUACUCUCUUCCGUGUCUGCAGUAUCUGGACGUGUCCUAUAAUCUCCUCAGUUCUCUCAGCAGUGACAUCAGACACCUCAGGUCUCUGAGGUCUCUAAACAUUGAAGGGAAUCAGUUAGUGGCUCUUCCCCCUGGUCUGCUCCAUGUGUCCAUGUCGGAGCUCAGGAUGUCUGGGAAUUACACACAUGUGUUACUGUGGAGCGAGAACAGCUGCAACUCUCCUCAGACGCUGCUGCACACGGCUGCACACACACUCGCACACACACACGCACAGCAGCGCUACACACACCUGCCGCCUGCUGCAUGGGUCAUCCUGGACAGUGCUGGUGUGUGUGACGCUUGCUCAGGUCCCAUGUUCGGCGCGGGUCUCAAGCUCAUCCGUCCCGUUCCCAGCGUGUUUGGGCUUCCGUCUGUCCCGGUCCUGUUCUGCUGCUGUUCUCCUGCGUGUCUCCACAGAUUCAGGAAUCACACACAACCAGACGCCGUCUGAUCAGACAAGAGCCACUGCGUUUACACUUCUUUAAAACACCUUCAGAGGAAAAUGGACAAAUCAUGUCAAAUCCUUCUUUCAUUUGGACUGUUCUGAACUUCCUCUCAAGCCCAGAUACUGUCCUGCUCAUGAAAUGUUAUACUGCUGUUAUACAUAAACACUUCCUAUUAUAGUUCUCAAUCUUUGAUUGUCAAAUAAAAGUCCAUUUACUUUAUACAAUAAAAUAA